AUGAGCCAACGACAGCGACCCCGGUCGCCCAAUGGUGCUGCACAAGAAGAAGAAGAGAAACAAUAUCUCAUCGGCGGCAUGACUCUGGAGGAACUCAAAGAGAAAUAUCCCAACCGCCCGCGUAACCACUCGCAGACGAUGCGGUUUUCCGAGUUGUUUAAGAGUCUCUUCAAUCCUCUCAAUGAGAACAAGAAGCAGCCGGCCGGUCGCGGCCCACCUCGCGCCAAAAAGGGACCCCACGGUCCCACUAAGUUGUCACCUCAAGAGCAGAGGCGACACAUCAUCGAGCGAUUCAUCUCGCGAUGGCGAAACGAUGUGGGGAACGACAUUUACCCAGCGCUGCGAUUGAUACUGCCCGACAAGGACCGAGAUCGUGGCGUCUAUGGCCUGAAAGAGAAUGCUAUAGGAAAGCUUCUCGUUAAGCUAAUGAAGAUUGAUAAGAACUCAGAAGAUGGACACAACCUUCUCCAUUGGAAGCUCCCCGGUCACACCACUGCGUCGCGGAUGGCCGGUGACUUUGCGGGCCGGUGCUUCGAGGUUCUAACCAAGCGACCGAUGCGAAUAGAAGUUGGCGAUAUGACGAUCGCGGAAGUAAACGAGUUGCUGGACAGGCUCGCCGCGUCGACGGGGGAACUUGAGAACCUUGAGGUUUUCGAAAUCUUUUACGAGCGCAUGAAUGCCGAGGAAAUGAUGUGGCUUAUCCGUAUCGUUUUGAAGCAAAUGAAAGUCGGAGCAACCGAGAGGACCUUUCUUGACCUAUGGCAUCCGGAUGGCGAGGCGCUCUUCAGCGUCUCUUCGAGCUUGCGACGGGUUUGCUGGGAAUUGUACGAUCCCCAGGUCCGUCUAGAGCAGGAGGAUACGGGCGUCUGUCUCAUGGAGUGCUUUCAACCACAGCUCGCCCAGUUCCAGAUGCCCUCUUCAUUCCAAAAGAUGGUCGAUUACCUUCGACCAACCGAAGAAGACCCCGAGUUCUGGAUUGAAGAAAAGUUGGACGGCGAACGCAUGCAGCUGCACGUCACGGAAGAUUCGAGUGUUCCGGGAGGACGACGCUUUGGUUUCUGGUCCCGCAAGGCCAAAGAUUAUACGUACCUAUACGGCAACGGCCUUAGGGAUGAGAAGGGGGCCUUAACCCGCCACCUCGGAGACGCUUUUGCGACAGGAGUACGGAACCUCAUCUUGGAUGGAGAGAUGAUCACCUGGGAUCCCGAAGUUGACAAAAUCAUGCCGUUUGGAACCCUCAAGACAGCUGCCUUGGCUGAACAGAACAACCCAUACAACAACUCCGGCCCCCGCCCGCUCUACCGUGUCUUUGACAUUCUGCUACUCAACGACAAGCCGUUGACUCAGUAUACCCUGCGAGAUCGCCGGCAAGCAUUGUCCAAGGCGGUAAAAGGCGUCCACAGGAGGCUGGAGAUCCACGAUUACGAAGUCGCCACGUCGCCGGAUGCCAUCGAGCCGCUGCUCCGCAAAGUUGUCGCCGAGGCAUCGGAAGGACUCGUCCUCAAAAACCCACGAUCAAUGUACAGACUCAACAGCCGCAACGACGACUGGCUCAAGGUGAAGCCAGAAUACAUGUCUGAAUUCGGAGAGUCGUUAGACUGCGUCGUUGUUGGCGGCUACUACGGCUCAGGCCGCAGAGGCGGUGCGCUUUCCAGCUUCAUGUGCGGUCUCCGUGUCAGCGAAAACCAUAUCCAAGCUGGCGCCAACCCGGAGAAGUGCUUCAGCUUCUUCAAAGUGGGUGGUGGCUUCCGAGCCGAAGAUUACGCAGAGAUUCGUCACAGGACGGACGGCAAGUGGAUGCAAUGGGAUCCGAGGAAACCGCCCGUUGAAUUCGUCGAGCUCGCCGGCGGCGACCGGCAAUUCGAGAGGCCUGAUGUCUGGAUCCGCCCUCGCGACUCCGUUGUCUUGGAGGCAAAGGCAGCGAGCAUAGGUAGCUCGGAUCAGUUCUCGCUCGGUUUCACGCUUCGGUUCCCCCGUUUCCGCCGCUUGCGAUCCGACAAGAAUUGGGACGAGGGACUCAGCGUGCAGGAGUUCCUGGAUCUCCGCAAGCGGGUCGAGGAAGAAGCCAAGGAGAAGACGAUGAGUGUCGAGAACCGCAAACGAAAGUCAGUGAAGCGCGCCAAGCGCGAGGUGGUGAUUGCUGGGACGGAGAACAUGCCUGCGCAAUUCGAGGGGCAGAAGUCGAAGCUCUUUGACGGUCUCGAGUUCUGCGUCUUGUCGGAAUCGCUCAGACCAUUCAAGAAGACCAAGGCUCAGCUUGAGACGCUGAUCAAGGAGAACGGUGGACGUGUCUCUCAGCGAGCGAUACCCCGGUCGGAGAUGAUCCUGGUGGCCGACAAAAACGUCAUCAAAGUCGCCAGCUUGGUUAAAGAGGGGCAAAAAGAGGGUGGAGUCGACAUCAUCAAGCCGAAGUGGAUACAGGACUGCCUCGAGCAAGCUGAUGAAUCCUUCUUGCUUCCGUACGAGGAUCGACACCUACAGCAUGCAACAGAAGCGCUGAAAACAGUUGCUCUGCAAAACACGGACAUGUAUGGCGACAGUUACGCCAGGAAUAUCGGUCUCGACGAGCUCCGGGCAAUCUUCAAGAGCAUGCCCAAACGAGAGCCUGACACGGAACCUUUCGAUAAGUCCCAGUUCCUGAAUCAGCUGGAAGAGCGCGGCCAUGGAAUUGGUCAGCUCAAGGGGUUGAUUUUCCGUCGGUGUACUGUGCACUUACACGAGGCAAAUGAAGAGGGAGAGAGAGACGACAUCAACAUGCUCAAGUAUAUGAAUUAUCUCACGUUCGGCGGUGCACGAUUGGCGAGCGGCGCCGACGACGAAGGGGCCACACACAUUGUGCUUAUAGGGACAGGCGAUGGUUGCAAGGAGGCCGCCGAGGACUUGCGCCGGGAAACUAGCAGCCGGCGGAAGAUCCCACACAUCGUCACCAGGCAUUGGGUCGAAGACUGUUGGCGCGAGAAGACGUUGCUGGAUGAGGAGAGGUACAGACGCAUAUGA